AUGCAGCAACUAUAUGGUUCAAGAUGUAUGGCUAUGGUGCCCAGAGUGUUAGCCAGGAACUAUCAGAUAAAGAGCACCACUCGUAAGGUGUUGCCGGUGUAUCCAGUAUUGGAAAGCAAGAGUUCUGAUAUCAUCAAACAACUAUCGUUAAAGGAUUUGUCGACUCUAGAUCCCCAAGCAACCAGAAGAAAGUUGAUCGACAGGCAUGAUAAGGAUUGCAUUAAAGCCGGUGAUGUUGUUCGUGUAGUGUACGACGCCUCUAAAUGUAACCGUAGUACGGUUGUCGGUUACGUAUUGUCGGUUGACCGUAAGCAGUUGAUACAGGACUGCUCCCUGCUCUUAAGAAAUCACAUAAACAAAACGGCAGUGGAGAUGAGGAUUCCUGUAUUUUCCCCACUUAUCGACAGAAUCGAUUUGAUUAGAAGGGCAGAUGGCAAGAGACGCAGAAACAAGCAUUAUUACAUCAGAAACACCAGGCUGGAUGUAGGCGACUUAGACGCUGGAUUGAAAAAGAGAAAGUGA